UCAUUCCUUUCGACUACUUGUUCGCAACACUCAGUAUUCUCUCAGUAUUGAAGACAGCGCUUCCAAUGGUUCUGUCCUCCACAGCAAUGACCUCUUCGUCCGACAACUCUUCGUUCGACGGUGUCGGGGGAGCGAAAGGCCUGUCGGGGGAGCAGAGGCUCAGACAGACAGAGCGCGAGACACUAAUCCAUAAUUCACUGCAAAACGCAAAAAACAAGAUUCCGACGUCUCCUCAGGUGUCCUCUCCUCUCGAGGAUCGCCCGCUGAGACCCGAUUGUUGUCGCAGUCAAGUGCACAACACGUGCGGAAUCAUUGCGAGAAUCAAAUCGCAAGAAGUUGUUUUGCAAUUAUGUUCAGUUUUGCGCUCAACUCCCACUACUAAAGACAAAACAAUGCGUUCUCCGCUCUUCGACUCUCCGCCGCUUCCCAACCCUUCGCCGCUUCUGCUCGCGCCUCAACUCUACCCCCAAUUCACGGCUCUUCACCACCACUUCCCGCUCUUCCCCCCACACCUGCUCUUCGCCCAGACCUACGCGCAUUUGGCCGCCGCCAAGACAGCACCGCCGCCACCGCCCGCCACCACAACCACAACCACUCUCCUCAAGAAGAAGAGCUCCAAAUUCGACUUUUCACGUCUGGCAGAGUCGGCCACCGCUGAGGAGCGGCCGCCGCCCGUCGCGGCGCCCAAACACGCGUUCCCGCAACUCAUUCCCAACGCGUUCUACGCGCCGUUCGCACCGCAAACGCCGGCCGCCGCCGACUUCUUCUCCAAGAAGUACUCCCGCGGGUUCUCCGUCGCGGCGCCCAAACACGCGUUCCCGCAACUCAUUCCCAACGCGUUCUACGCGCCGUUCGCACCGCAAACGCCGGCCGCCGCCGACUUCUUCUCCAAGAAGUACUCCCGCGUGGGAAGGGGUUCGUCGCGACCCAAGAAGGAGUUCAUUUGCAAAUACUGUCAGCGGAGGUUCACCAAAAGCUACAACCUCUUGAUCCACGAGCGCACGCACACCGACGAGCGGCCCUACACUUGCGAUAUCUGCCAGAAGGCGUUCCGCCGUCAGGACCAUCUUCGCGAUCACCGAGCUAAGAGUGCG